AUGUCGUCUGACAGUGAUCCCGAUUGCUAUGGUUACUAUCAUGAAUAUGAAGAUUAUUGCGAAUACGAAGAGAUUGAAAAAAGUCUCUGGAACAAUAACACAGAGCUUUUGAAUGAAACUCUAAAUAGAGACAGUGACACAGUUAAAUGGAUCCAAUCCGACAAUAAUGAAACACUUCUCCAUCUAAGCGCUCAAUUUGGAUGCAUAGAAGCAGCGAAACGUUUAAUUGAACAACAUGGAAUUGAUGUUAACACACGAGACUACGAUGAAAAAACUCCGUUGUUUAAAGCGACAAUGUGCAAAAGUGCAGAAAUGUUCAAAUUUUUACUGAGGAACGGAGCCGACAUUAGUAUCACUGCAAAUCACGGUCCCAACUUCCUACAAGCGGCUCUAAUUUGGAGUCCGAUUGAAACGGUUGAGCUUGUUGUACAAAAAUUACAUGUCGACUAUGAAAAUCAAGGUGAUUCUGAAGUAACCGACGAUAUCCAGAAAUGCGAAAACAUUGUCAAGUUUUUAUUAAAUAAAAAAAUUGAUGCUAUGUUUCCCAAUUCAAAGUUUUCACUGCUGCUCCUUUUCGUGCUGAAGUUCGGAGAUGAAAAAUCUUUUAAGCUGGUUUUACAAACAGAUAAACAUUUUCAUAUUGAUGCUUUAAAUCCAAUAAAUGAAAAUCCUAUGCUUCAUCACGCUAUUCGACUUGGAAAAUUUCCGCAUGUGAAUCUACUUUUUGAUCAUGGUGCAAAUAUUCAUGUGAAUGGUUAUGAUAAGCAAACUUGUCUCCACCUGGCAGUUGCAGCAAAUAAUUUAGAGCUUGUGCAUUAUCUUUUACAACAUGGCGUUAAUGUUAAUGCUGCAACUAAUAAUAAUAAAUUCACACCCCUUCAUUAUGCUGUUGCUGUGGGUAACAAGGAAAUCGUUGAAAGUCUCAUAAAUGCAGGUGCUAAUCUACAAGCUGAAUUUUUGAACUCUGUUAGGUUGUUCAAUUGGCAAAACUCAUCCGUGCUUAACAUUGUUUCUGGACGCACUAAACUUAACACACUAUCCUCUGGAAUUAUACAUAUUGAUAGUUAUGAUCCAAAUGUUAUAUUUGAUAUAGACAUGAUCCAGUUUUUACUUGAAAGGGGUGCUAAGACUGAAGUGAAAGAUUAUAGUAUUAAGGGCUGCGGAUUCACUCCUCUUGAACGAGCAUGUCAGGCAGGUCGAAUGGAUGUUUUGCAAAUUCUCGCAAAUUAUGGAGCCCAUUUUCAUAGUUUAAGUGAUAAUGGCAGUACUAUGCUUCAUCAUGCUGUAAUUGGAGGUAAUUUUGAGAUAAUUGACCUUUUGCUACGCAUGAACCUUGAUAUCAAUGCCAAAAACUACAGAGGCCAGCCACCGCUUUAUCAUGCUAUUCAUAACAAUUCUAAAAUAAACGCAGUGCCAUUGAUAGAAUUUAUAGUAGACAACGGCGCUAAUGUUGAUCUUUGUUUACCUCAGGGUUACUCUUCGAAACUUCCUGAUGUCGUUGAGUGCUUAUUGGAAUUGAAUGACAACUUCAAAUUUAAGUAUAGCCAAGGAAAUUGGUCACUUCCAAUUGUAAUCGAUUAUUUUGCAGAAACAACGCUUAGUAGAAAACUCCUAAUUGCAUUUAUGGCUGCAACUGAAAUUGACAUUAAUUAUGGCUAUAUUCAGCGAGGCAAGAGAGAAUUUGUUGACAGAUUUUACGAGGAAUGCAAACUUGAAGUUUUGCGAAUGAAGAACGUCAAAUUCCGUGAGGAUAAACUCAUUUCUUUGUUUGAUUUUCUAACCAAUGACUUAAUGAGGGUAACCAAUUUUUCGGUAAUUGACAAAAUAAUAGAUAAUCUCGAGUCCAGCGACCUUGUACGUGAAUAUCCACAUUAUGCUUUUUUGUUAGAAAAACGCAUGGGUAGAGUCAAAACCAUUUUAUAUUUUAAGCAGGCGAUUGCUGAUUUUCUUGAAAAGUACGCAAUGUUAAAGUUGCCGAUUGAUGUUGUUGACUACAUUUUUAGUUAUCUCUCUGUUGCUCACAUCAGAAAUUUCGCGAGAGCAUUGCCAGUGACUAAAAAAGAAAGUUAG